AUGUCCAAAGACGACGCGAACACCCUGGUCAGCACCUCAACAAUACAGACCCCUACGUCACAAUCACAGGCGCCAAAGGCGUCACCCGCGACAGAAUCAGAGCAAGGCAACAACCAAAAGGUGCCAUCGAGACAGCAUACCAUGAGUGAUUCUCGCUCCGCAGAGCGCAGAAUUAGCAAAGACGUACAAAGACCAAGGAGUUGGUACGGCUCCUGGCCACGAGCUCCGAAAGCCUCGGCAUCCACCUCAGUCGCGAAAGAAAACAUACUCGGAGGAACAGUAAAAUCCAAGAAGUCCCCUGAUCUAAGUCGAUACGAGGCGAAAAAGAACGACAGCGAUGAUGCCAGUAUUCUGAGUACAACCGGUACGAUUAAGACGAUGCCGAAUAUUAAACAAAACAAAUCCGAUGUUACCAUGACAGACGAAGUUGCUCAGAAAGAAUCGGCAAGUCAGAUCAAGCCGGACGUUGAAUCGUCCAGAGAGCCAACCCAGGUUACGGAAAGCCAAGAGACAGCAAAGGACGCAGGGACCGCAGAAACAACAACGCACGAAACGCAAGAAUCCGAGACCGGUGAUGCCCAGUCUAAAUCUCAGGCUGACAUGCGACCCGCAGCAUCUGCAUCUCAGAACGAGGGUCAGCAACUGCCAACUUCAUCAGGAUGGCUAGGGUGGUGGUCCAGAACGCCAUUCACGGAGACCCAGGCAACUCCAACACUUGACACAAGUACUCAGCCAAUGAUCGAGAUUGAGGCUACGAAAGAAGCAGACACUCCUCGGCCCGUCACUCCACCCGCUCAAGUAGAGCUUUCAGAGCAGAUGACCUCUCCCAAAAACGAUCAAGACCCACGACCUACCUCUUGGUUUCGAUACUGGUAUCCUUCUGCUGAGCCAGCCAAAGCUCCAGAGGAUAAGCCAGACAUUCAGCAACCACAAAUAGAAACUGAACCGCCCUCAGAAGACGUUGUCACGAAAGACGCUGAGCCGCCUUCUCGACAAAAUGAGCCACCUCCCAAGAGCGGUUCGACGUGGGCCUUUUGGUCCAAGGAAUCUCCAAAAACGAAGGAACCCCAACCUUUGCCUGAAUCUGGAGAAGUAGCGGUGAUAGGUGAAGGCUCAGAGGCUCACCCUCAACCCAUGGCAGAAUGUGACGUAUCACCGACCAAGGACAGCAAAAUAGAAGACUCAAAAGCGAAGGAUAAGCCGGCGUCAGCCAAGUCCAGAUGGAUGACAAAGAACAAGCGUGUUAGACCUCGGUCAAUGGAUUUAGAUCACACAUCAUCACCCCCAGUAUCUGGAACAUCAACUCCAACCAGGACAGCAACCCCUACUCAAGAUACGGAUAGAGCUUCAGCCAAGAUUGCUCCUUCCGACCAAUCCAUCGCCGAGUCAGAAACGUCUGCUAAAGUCUCUGGCAACCUCCUACUACCGUCCUUCUCCAGCACAUACCGUAUGAAGGACAACCCAUCCAUUGUGAAGCAGCUGACACAAUUCCUGCUUCGCACACAGCAAACACCUCCCAACCAUGUCUUCCGAGCGGACAAGCCUCCAAAUAUCAAAAAGGCCAUUGCCAUCGGUGUUCAUGGACUCUUUCCAGCAACAUACCUUCGCCCUAUGAUUGGGCAACCAACGGGCACAUCUCUGCGUUUUGCCGCUCUUGGAGCUGAGGGUAUUCGGAGAUGGGCUGAGGCCCAUGGAUGUGGUGAUUGCAAGAUCGAAAAGGUCGCUCUCGAGGGAGAAGGAAAAAUCCAGGACCGUGUGGAUAACCUGUGGAAGCUUAUGCUUAACUGGAUUGACCAUAUUCGCAACGCUGAUUUUGUUCUGAUUGCUUGUCACUCGCAAGGAGUUCCCGUGAGCAUCAUGUUGCUCGAGAAGCUCAUUGAUCUCGGCAUCAUUACUAAUGCCAAAGUCGGUGUUUGUGCUAUGGCUGGAGUCGCACUGGGGCCUUUCCCUGACUACAAGUCCAGUCUACUCAUGGGUUCGGCUGCUGAAUUGUGGGACUUUGGAAAUGCAGAGAGUGACAACUCAAAGCAUUUUGAGCACGCCCUGAAGCGUGUGGUAGACUAUGGAGCUCGUGUUACAUUCAUUGGUAGCAUUGACGAUCAGCUCGUACCAAUGGAGUCUGCCGUCUACUCACCUGCAAACCAUCCUUACAUCUACCGGGCUGUCUUCAUUGAUGGACGUGUUCAUGCCCCUGACUUCAUUGCUCACCUGGUUGGCUUCGCUCUCAAGCUUCGCAACCUUGGUGUUUCAGACCAUGGUUUGAUUCGCGAGCUAUCCGUCCCUCUCGCUGGCUCUCUUUAUUCGGGUGCUGGCCAUUCCCGCCUCUACUACGAUGACGCGGUAUAUGAUCUUGCCAUCACACAUGCUCUCGAAACAGCACCUGCUGGUCCAUCGCCAGCACCAUGUACUAUAUCCCCACGCGGAGGAUCGCUGACGUCCCAGAACCCAUACGUCUUACCUUGGAUCAUGCGUGGGUUGUUGGAAGAGGACUUUGUCCGUACUGAGUUGAGUGCCGAGGCAGAUGAGUUACUCAAACAGUUUGAUGACUGGAAGCCUACCAACAAGGCCCUCAAGGACGUCAAGUACCGCCUCGAGGCGGUACGAUCCAAACUUUGA